AGCGCACGCACACCUCCUGCCGCCGGCACACACCUGCCCUCCACACCCGCACCAUGAGCGUGCGCCACGGCGCCGCCCACGACGAGGGCGCGCCGCUCGUCCUCGAUGCCGACAACACCGACUACUACGACGAGACGGGUCUCCCACCGCCGCACCGUCUCUCCUCGCACGUCGGCCACUCGCCCUACGCCGCCGCCUCGCCGCGCCACUCCUACAUCGACCCGUUCAGCAACGCUCGCUCGACGGGCUCCUUCGACCUUGACAACCCGCGCGCCUCGCUGCACUACCCGCACGCCGACGCCGCCGGCAUGUCGCACCAGCCGCCGAGCUUCUCCUUUGCCAACGGCGGCGCGCCCGGCAGCCCGUCGUACGGCCGCCUCGAGAGCAGCGAGCCCGUGCAGCAGUGGGGGCGCUCCGAGUCGAGCACGUCGCUGGCCACGGGCGCACAGCGCGACCGCUACAUGCAGCGCCGCGAGCUCGAGGCGGGCGCGGCCGCAGGUGCCGGCGCCGCUGCCGUAUACGGCUACGGCGAGAAGGCCGGACGGUCCGGCGCAGGCCCUAGCCGGCGCAAGUGGUGGAUCAUCGGCGGCCUCGUGCUGCUCGUCGUCGCCGUGGCCGGCACGGUGGCGGGCGUGAUGGUCUCGCGGAAUAGCUCGUCGAGCUCGAAGAACGUCGCCGGCGUCGUGCAGACGUCUGACCCCAACGAUCCCUCGAGCUUCUCCAAGAACCCGGCGCUCAAGCAGUCCUUCUGGGGCAUGUGCUACACGCCGCUCAACUCGCAGUACCCCGCCUGCGGCGACACACUGCCGCAGGUCAUCGAGGACAUCCAGCUUGUCUCGCAACUCACCAACCGCAUCCGCCUUUACGGCGCCGACUGCAACGUGCCGAGCUACGUGCUCAACGCCGUCAAGCAGACCAAGGUCGACAUGCAGGUCUGGCUGGCCGUGUGGGUGCCGCAGCCGGCCGACGACCCCGACGACGCCACGUACAACCGGCAGGUCAGCGAGGUGCGCAAGGCCAUCGAGGAGUUCGGCGUCGAGCACGUCGCCGGCAUCACCGUCGGCAACGAGUACCUGCUCAACGGCGGCCCGGCCGACGCGCUCAUCACCAAGAUGGCCGCGAUGCGCACCAUGCUUGCCGGCAUGAACCUCGGCAAGACGAUCCCCGUCGGUACGGCCGAUGCCGGCUCGAUGGUCACCACGUCGCUCGGCGCCGGUAGCGACUACGUCAUGGCCAACGUUCACCCGUGGUUCGGCGGUGUGCCGGUGGACCAGUCUGCCGGCUGGGUGUGGUCGUACAUGGCGAACCACGAGCCUGCCACAGCGCGCCUGGCCGCCAACGUGCCGCAGCUUUACGUCGCCGAGACGGGCUGGCCGACGGGCGCCAAUGAGACGCGUCUCGAGACGCUCGGCCCCGCCGUGGCCGGCAUCGAGGAGCUGAACCGCUUCAUGAGCGACUACGUCUGCGCGGCGAACCGCAACGCGACGGCUGCGACGCCCGACCCCUUCUCGUCAUACUUCUUCUUCGAGGCCUUCGACGAGCCGUGGAAGGACGCGCUGUACGGCGGCGUCGAGGCGCACUGGGGCCUCUUCACGAGCGACAAGAAGCUCAAGGAGGGCCUCGUCAUUCCGGACUGCUCGUGAUGUCUCCUCUGCUGAUGCCCUGUUACGACUGCUCCCGUCUCUCUCGCCGUGCGCCCUCUGCCUGUGCUGCGCGGGCGAGGAGCUGCUGCGCGGUGCGCUACUGUACAUGUAUACCUGCUGCUGCUGCUGCUGUCAACGAUGCCCCUCGACCCCGGCG